AUGUCUGCGCCACGCAUGCUCCAUCGCCUUGUGCGACCAGUGCCAUCAUCCCUAAGCACAAUUGCCAGACUGAACCGUCAGUUCGGCGCAUCAGCUCUACGUCUUAAGAAUGCCGACGACGAAAUUAAGGAUACCCGCGACAAAGCUGCUGAUGCAGUAAAGGCGCACCGCGCCAACCAGGCUGACAAGUCGCCAAAUCAAUUCAUCCCCAAUACGACCUCCACCAUGACAAAGGACUUUCCCAACGUCGGCGAGAACCCUCCGCCGCCGGACAUGAUCAACUCUGCCGCUCCCAACUACAGACCCAACGAUCCCUACCCCGGAAGAAUCGAGCAUUUCACCGGCGGUCGCCAGGAUGACGGAGCGCAGAAGCCCGAGCUGGGCGUCGGCGAGAUGGAGGGUAUCACGUUUAAGGUUGAGCCUUUGAAGCGCGAAGGAGAGGAAGUUGCCACGAAGAGGGCGCGUCUACUAUACCAGAGCCGCAAGCGCGGAAUCCUGGAGUCGGACUUGCUCCUCUCCACUUUCGCGGACGUCUACUUGGGUAAGAUGAACCACGAUCAGCUCACCGAGUAUGACCGCUUCCUUGACGAGAAUGACUGGGACAUCUACUACUGGGCAACACAAGAUCCGCCAGAGAAGGUCCCCGAAUCGACUCCGAAGGAGGAUACCAUCACUGAGACCUGGAAGGAGACUGGUGCCAAGAGCGGUGAAUGGGCUCAGACAAUUGGUGCUUUCCGGGCUGCUUACCGACCCGUUCCUUCACGCUGGCAGGACUCUGAGGUUCUCAAAUUGCUCAGAGAGCAUGUUCGGGACAAGAGUGCUACUGGCUUUGAGAAGGCCAAGAAUAAGAGAACUGGUGGUGGUGGCUUGGGAAGAAUGCCUGAUGUUCAAACCUUCAAUUCCUAG